UAAUUUAAGGUACAUUUCCGCGUGUGGUCCAAGUAGUAGUAAAUCUUAUAGGCGAAAGAAAAUGGUGGGUUCAUUGUAGUUUCCUCGAAUAUACAAAAUCUUAUCGGUGGUUUGAUUCUGAUCAACUAUAAAGCCUUCGCCCAAGUUUACCAUUCUUUUAUAGCUUUCUCUGCAAUUCCUCUAGUUUCUUUCCUACCAAACAAAACCUGCUUGUCAAAUAUGGCUUCUACUUCAUCUUUAGCCUUCUCCUCUAAAACUACCUAUGAUGUUUUCCUUAGUUUUAGGGGAAUUGAUACUCGUCACAAUUUUGCUAGUCAUCUUCAUGCUGCUUUGUGCCGGAAAAAUAUUACGACAUUCAUGGACGAUGUUCUUGAGAGAGGAGAAGGGAUCUCGCCAGCGCUCAUGAAAGCGAUUGAAGAAUCCAAGAUUUCUGUAGUAAUUUUCUCAGAAAAUUAUGCGUCCUCUCGGUGGUGUCUAGAUGAACUGGUGAAGAUAAUUGACUGCAAGGAAAGAAUGGGCCUACGGGUUUUUCCCAUUUUCUACCAUGUAGAUCCUUCUGAUGUUAGAAAACAGACCGGGAAAUUUGGAGAAGCAUUUGGGAAAGUUAAAGAAAAAUUUAAGCACAACUUAGACGUUGUGGAGAAGUGGAGCAUUGCUUUGACGGAAGCAGGCAAUCUAUCUGGAUGGGUUCCCAGCAUCAACAGGCCUGAAUCCCAAUUAUGUGACGAAGUCGCUGACAAAAUUCUGAAGAAAUUGUAUCUCAGAUCGUAUGUUGAAUCUAAGGGCUUAGUUGGGAUUGAUUCACUUGUUGAAAAACUAAUUGAGGCAAAAGAUGUUCGGAUAAUAGGAAUUUGGGGAAUGGGUGGUAUUGGAAAGACCACCAUAGCUGAAGUUCUAGUUAGUCGAAUAUCUAAUCAAUUUGAUAGCUUUUGCUUUCUUCGCAAUGUUAGGGAAAAAUCAGAAAAAUAUGGGCUAGUUGAUUUAAGAAAAAGCUUUUUUUCGGAACUCUUGGGGAUUGAAAUUAGAAAUCUAGAAAUGCUCAGUGUGGUACCCACUUUCAUUAAGGAUUCACUUAAUCGGAAGAAAGUUCUUGCUGUUCUUGAUGAUGUUAAUGAUCCAGAACAACUAGAAGCUUUAGCUGUAAAUGAUGAUGAUUGUUUUGGGUCGGAAAGUAAAAUCAUUUUAAUAAGCAGAGACAAACAAGUCCUAAAACAAGUCGUAAGCAGUGAUAAAAAUAUACAUGAGGUUAAGGGAUUGGAUUGUAGUGAUGCUCUUCAGCUGUUAAGUAUGAAAGCCUUCCAACAGAAGCAUCCUCCGGCGGAAUAUAUAGAGUUGUCCGAAAGGGUACAAACUUAUUGUAAAGGUGUUCCAUUAGCUCUCAAAGUUUUGGGUUCCUAUUUGUGCAAAAGGACUCCUGAAGAAUGGGAAAGUGCAUCGACUAAACUGAAGAGAUUUCCUGACUGCAAGAUUACGAAAGUCUUAAAAAUAAGUUAUAAUGCUUUAGAUAGAACGGAAAAGAGCAUAUUUCUAGAUAUUGCAUGUUUCUUCAAAGGAUAUUACAAAAGCUGGGUAAAAGAUUUAUUAGACGAUUGGGCAAUAAUUCGUCUAAUGGAUCAGUGUCUCAUAACUAUUGUGCAUGGCAAGCUAGAGAUGCACGAUUUGAUAGUGGAAAUGGGUCAAGAUAUUGCUCGGCGGAAGGGUAACCGAUUAUGGAUUUCUACAGAUAUCUGUCAAAUGUUGGCCACAAAUGAUAAUAAGGCAAAGAAAGUAGUUGAAGGCCUAUUUUUGGACAUCUCUACAAUUGGAAGGGUAUAUUUGAAUCCUGCCGUGUUCUCAAGAAUGCACAACUUGAGACUGCUCAAAUUUUACUGGAGUUCCUGGUUAAAGACGGAAGGUACUGGCUUCAUAUUUGAAUCUAGCGGAUCAGAUUGUCUAAAAAGUCUUCCUUACAAGUUGAGAUUACUUCAUUGGGAGGAAUUCCCUUUCAAGUCUUUGCCAUUAAAUUUUUUCGCGGAAAACCUUGUCCACCUCAUCAUGCCAAAUAGCAAAGUGGAACAGCUCUGGAAUGGAGAUAAGUGUUUGCCAAACUUAAAAUCUCUUGAUCUUGCUUUCUCAAAGCAUCUGAAAAUAGUCCCUGAUUUUUCUAUGAUGACAAGCCUGGAAGAGAUAAAUUUUCGUGGUUGUGAGAGUUUGAUUGAGAUUCCAUCAUCCAUUCAGUGCCUGAAAAGACUUCAUUCUCUUUAUCUAACUCAUUGCACAAAGUUGAGAAGUCUUCCACAAAUGCCCAGAGGCAUAAAACAUUUAUAUCUCAAUUAUUCUGGAGUGGAAGAGUGGUCUCCGUCAUCUAUCCAAUUUUUUGACAAUCAUGUGUUCGUAUGUACUUCCCAUUGCGAAAACCUUAGAAGUCUUCCAAGAAUUAUAUAUUGCAAUACUUUUAUGAGUCUUCAUAGCAGUUUCUGCCCAAAUCUCAUCAUGUCUCUGCUGAUUAUGGAAAGUUCAGAAGUAUUGCCCUCAUCAAAUGAUGGUAUUGUUGAGUUAGAUUUGGCAUUUUGUAAAAUGCUCAAAAGUCUCCCAAAUGGCACUGGCGAAUUGAAACACCUUAAGCUUCUGAAUCUCUGGGGCUGUUCAUAUCUUGAGAAAUUGCCUCCUUUAUAUGGUUUAUGCUCCUUAAAGAGCCUAUAUCUAGAUGGCACUGCACUCGCAGAAAUUCCUCCUGACAUUGGUUCUUUGUCAUCAUUAGUAUUACUGUCUCUAAGUGAUACUCCAAUGGAAGAAUUGCCGUCAUCAAUUGGUUGUCUCUCUUCACUUGAUAGUUUGGAUUUGCACAGCUGUAAAAAGCUUAAUAGUCUCCCAAACAGCAUUUGUGAAUUGAAAUGUCUUGGGACUCUACAACUCUGGGGCUGUUCAAAUCUAGAGAAAUUGCCUCCUUUAUAUGGUUUAUGCUCCUUAAAGGGGCUAUAUCUGGAUGGCACUGCACUUGUAGAAAUUCCUCCUGACAUUGGUUCUUUGUCAUCAUUAGAAUUACUGUAUCUAAAUGAUACUCCAAUAGAAGAAUUGCCGUCAUCAAUUGGUUGUCUCUCUUCACUUGUUAGUUUGAAUUUGCAGAGAUGUAGAAAGCUUAAGAGUCUCCCAAACAGCAUUUGUGAAUUGAAAUGUCUUCAUGAUCUACAUCUCAGUGGCUGUUCAAAUCUAGAGAAAUUGCCUCCUUUACAUGGUUUACGCUCUUUAAGAGGUCUACAUCUAGAUGGCACUGCACUUGUAGAAAUUCCUCCUGACAUUGGUUCUUUGUCAUCAUUGGGACUAUUGUUUCUAGAUGAUACUCCAAUAGAAGAAUUGCCGUCAUCAAUUGGUUGUCUCUCUUCACUUUUUGAUUUGAAUUUGCAGAGAUGUAAAAAGCUUAAGAGUCUCCCAAAUAGCAUUUGUGAAUUGAAAUGGCUUAAAACUCUACAUCUCAGGGGCUGUUCAAAUCUAGAGAAAUUGCCUCCUUUACAUGGUUUAUGCUCUUUACAAGAUCUAUAUCUAGAUGGCACUGCACUCGUAAAAAUUCCCCUUGACAUUUUCUCUUUAUCAUCAUUGGGAGUAUUGUUUCUAAAUGAUACUCCAAUAGAAGAAUUGCCGUCAUCAAUUGGUUAUGAAUUGAAUUUUUGUAAUUGCGUAAAUUUGGACCAAAAUGCACGUGGCACCAUUAUGGCAGAUGCUGUCCAGAGAAUUAAAGAAUUAGCCAUUGCUAGAAGUUAUCCUUAUUUUUUGGUUGGUUUACCCGGAAGCAAAAUUCCUGAGUGGUUGAGCUGUGAAGGCCCAGGACAUUUAAUAGAAACUUCGUUCCCUCCUGGUUGCUUCAAUAAUAUGUUCCUGGGUUUUGUUUUUUGUGCUAUUCUAGAACUUAAGGCUCCUGUUUUUCAUGAGGAUGGACACUUAAGAUGUCAAAGCAGUUUCAAAAACAAUAAUGGCUACAGAGAGGCCAAUUUUACAAGUGAAUAUUUCUUUUUGGAAAAUACCAUAGAAUCAGAUCAUGUGAUCUUUUGGCACGAUGGCCAUGACAUUUCCUCUUUAGAUUGGCUCAAACAAAAUUGUGACAUGGAGAACAAGGCAUCAUUCCACCUCUACCCUGAGAAUAUGGACUCCAACUAUAUGACAGAGUGGGAAGUGAAAAGGUUUGGGUUCCACUUGUUAUAUGACAAGGUUGAGCUAAACAAAUGCAAUCCUUACAAAUGCAGAGAAGCCAAAUUUAUGGAGCAAUUCAAAGAAACAACAAAUGCCAGCAAUAAGAGAAGCAGGAAAGACUUCUACUCCAGUAAUAUCAAUGGCAACCAGGAGGUGGAAACACAGACUAAAAGAUUGAGGCAAAAGUCCUCUAUGGAAGAUUACUUUUCAAAUGCUCAGGAUGGGAUUAACUACGACGCUACUAUGGUUUCUUCAAGUUCUUCAUGAGAAUUUGCUCCCAAAUUCUACAAAUUUCUUUGAAAUCCGUCCCUACUAAUUGUGGAUAACUAGGGUUUGCGGCUAUAUUUCCCUCAAGCUGCGUCGACGUCUUCCAAAUCUGGGCAUCAACUAUCUGAUCUGUCGAGUCUCAUUUGUUUUGGGCAUCAACUUUCUGAUCUGGCGAGUCUCACGAGCCCAUCUGUCGCGACUUCAGUGGCGUCUUCCAGACUCACUCUACGCUAACCUCGGCCUUCUCCAUCUUGCCAGUACGUUUCCAGAGUCGUUUCCGAUACCAACCCUUCUCUCUCUUGUGAUUUUGUUAUUUUUGGAUGAUAUUGCUUCCAUUUCUCUUCUCCACUCAAUGAUUCAGAAGCUCUACGGUUUUUGUAGCCUCCAAUUUCUCCCUCUCUUGCACAAACUUAAUUAGCGACUAUAAGUCUUCCAUUUCAGUGUACUUAGUUUAUGUUUUCAGGAGAAGAAUUGUAUUGCUGAUUCUUUAGCACAUUGAAACUUGUGGCAUUGAAAUUAAGGCUCUUAUGUGAAAUUGCAUUCUGUAGCUCAUGACGUUCAAUUCUGGUCUGAUCCACCAAAUGAGAUAUGGGGUUUCCUCACAACAGAUGCAGUGGUAGUGACUUUGUGUUAACUCAGGUUGUGAGCCUAUUCGUGUGACUAUAAUUGAGUUUCCUCACAGAAGAUGCACUCUAAUUUGGUCUCUUUGGAAAAACAAGAACGAAGUGCUUUGGAAUUCUAAUCAGAUUACAAGCUCUGCUUCCUCCUUCUUGAGUCAGUGGUUAGCUACCAAAGUUAGUGACCAUCCAUCCCAUUUUGACUACUCUUCGACAGUUUCUGUGGCUGAUUUGUUGAUAUGGCACAAGCCUGCUUCGGGAUUCUUGAAAUGCAAUACAGAUGCUUCUCCCAGUCAGGAUCAUAACAAAAUUGAGCUGGUUGGGUUCUUUGUGAUUAGAGAGGACAGCUGAUUAAGACUUGCUAAAUUGAGCUUCUUGGUCCACCUGAUCCGAAAAUCGCUGAAGCUCUCUCUCCAAGAAGUUCUUAGCUUGAUUGAUGAAAGGGGCAUGCAUAUUACCUAAUUUAUUAACUUAUUCAACCUUGAUUGAAUGCUGAUGUUGUUCCUUAUGCUGCACUUAUAGAUGCCCUGUGCAAGAAUGGAUUAGUGAAAUCUGCUAUGACUUUAUUUGAUGAGAUAACUAAGUAGGGAAUCAAGCCUAAUGUUGUCACUUAUAAGGCCACUCAAGAAUAUUACAGUGGCAAGCAGGAAAUUUUGUCCAUCUUAAAUACUUGCAGUUGCGUAAAAGGAAUGAUGCAUGUGGCUCGUGGUCAAUGCUCAAUCAAGAAAUAUAAACAGUCAAUGCAUAGUUCAUGUUUCUAAGAUUUGAUGACCCUCUUGUGGCGUUUCCUUUGCUCUCUGUUCACUUAUACCUUGACCGUAAACCAUUAGCAUUAGAAACAAAUCAAGCAGUUCACUAUGCUAGUAUUUCUUGUCAACAAUUACUAGCAGAAUUGCAAUUAUCCUUUUAGUGGAUCUCUUGUAAAGUUUCUUGUAGCACAUAUUUAUGGGCAAAAGCAGGUCAAGAAUUGAGAUUAUCAGAUUUUUGAAGUGCUAAUAUAUUUCUUGCCUGUCACCUUUCUGCCCGCUUUGUAUCAUGAAGCUUGUUUUAGAUACUUCUAAGAUAUUUAACGUUGAAUAUGGAUAUGUUUUGAUUUGUGUCUCUCUGGAUGCAGUCGCUGAGAUUCCUUGGAAGAUGCUUCGAUUUUAUUGGAGGAGCUUUGAUUAUUUGAUAAUCAGGUGUAUGGUGUGGCACACGUAAUUGUAAUGGCUUUCGCAAUGUAAUUUUAAGAGUCUGAUUCUUUGCUGCUGGUACAAGCUCCCCACUCCGAACAGCCUUAUCUCUCUUAUUGUUGAUUCUAUUGUCACUGAUUGUAAAUUUUCUUAUUUGUAAAUCAGAACACUGUUGUCCAUUGCGUAACACAUAAUUUAGUUUUUAGUUUAAUCUCCAGAAGUGAGGUCUUGUCACUCACGAUUUCUUACGAUGAUUUAUCUUAAUGCAAUUUUCUUUUGUUUAA